AUGUCUUCCAGGGAAAUCAGGAGCCCAGAACUCGAUCUUAGUACGAUCCCAGACCUAUCAGGCAAGGUCGCGAUCGUCACUGGGGCAUACGACCCAAACUCCAUCGGCUACAAUGUCGUUGAACAACUUGCACUCAAAGGGGCCAAAGUCUUUAUCGGCGCCCGUAGUCUCGAGAAGGCCGGAGGGGCCGUAUCCGCACUACAGAAGGCCCACCCUUCGAUUCCAGCAGAGAACCUACAGCCUUUAGUCACGGACCUCAACGAUCUGAAGCAGGUUCAGUCUGUAGCUCAGUCCUUCGCCAAGGAACAACCAAGGCUCGAUAUUGUGGUCAACAAUGCCGGACUGUUGGCGCGCCCUCUGGAUAAGAAUGAACACGGGAUUUCUGUCUCCUUCAACACGAACCAUUUGGGACCCUUCCUCUUUACCCUCGAAUUACUUCCCCUUUUGAAGAAGACCGCAGCAUCAAACCCUGGUGUGCGGAUCGUCAACCUUUCGUCGACUACCCACGUCCUCGUGCCGAGUGGAUUCAAGUUCGACACGGUUGAAUCAUUCAACGCCGAACUCGGAGGAACUGAAGAUUUCAACUCCAACCUCGCCCGAUACGGUCUGUCGAAGCUAGCAAACAUCCUGUUCACCAAGGAACUUCAAAAGCGAUUCGACGCCGAGGGUGUUCCGGCUGUGGCCAUCUCUCUCCACCCCGGUGGUGUGAGGACCCCCGGCUCUAUCAAUUUCGUCGGGCCUGCCAAUCUAGCCAUGCUCGACGGUGCCAUGACUCCCCUGCAAGGUGCCUUGACGCCUAUCUUCGCCGCCGCGAGCCCCGAAGUCUGGGUGAAAAAGAGCGAAUACGGUGGCAAGCAUCUGAUGCCGUACGGUGUCGUUUCGGAGGACGUACUCAGCGAGAACGCGAAGGAUGAGGCUUUGGCUAGUACUCUAUGGGCGACGAGCGAGAAAGCGAUUGCGGACGUUUUGGCGAAGUGA